AUUCGACAUGGCGGUCGAGCCAAGUAGCGCAAAGAAAAGGAAGACAGAAGACGAUUUUGAGCCUCCAGGAAACUAUGAAAAAUUAUCUUCAUUUGCAGAAUUUGAAUUUUGCAAACUGUUGAAGAAUGACAUGAGGAGUAAAACAGCAUUUAUUCACGCAAAGUGUAGAGGGAAAGAAGCUGUUUUACUGAUGGAGAAACGUGCGUUUGAACCUAAAACUGUGCAGAAUUUGUUAUCCGAGAAAACCGAAUUGGUUGAAACAUUGAAAAAUGAUAUAUACAGUACUUAUAAUACCUAUCCUGAAAAAGAACUGAACGGUCUGAAAACCACGUUGAUAUUUCCUGCAACAAGUCAUCACAUUAUGAAGUAUACAGAGCAAGAUUUCCACAUCAUACAUGAGUCAGCAGGAGACUACAAUAAAAUCACUCUGCCGUACAUAAAAAAUAAAGCACUUAGUAAUCAGUGGGUAUACAACAUUUUGAACAAAAAAACUGAAGCAGAUCGGAUCAUAUUUGAGGACUCUUGUUCAGAGACAGGAUUUAUUCUCCUCCCUGACAUGAAAUGGGACAGACAAGAUGUGACUGCUCUUUACCUCCAGGCAAUCGUUCACAGACGGGAUAUCAUGUCUAUAAGGGAUUUAGAUAAAAGCCAUUUACCUCUUCUGAGAAAUAUUUCCGAGAAAGGUUUGGGUGCAAUCAAGGAGAAGUUUGGAAUUCCAGGAAAUAAAAUUCGAAUAUAUUUUCAUUAUCAGCCAUCUUAUUACCAUCUCCAUGUUCAUUUUGCCCACAUCAAACUAGACAAUCCGGGAUUUGAAGCUGAUAGAGCCCAUUUGUUAAUGGACGUUAUAGAAAACAUUGAGACGAAAUCACUGUACUACAAGGAAAAAACACUAGUAUUUAAAGUAAGAGAGGAUGACAUUUUGUACAAAGAUUUCUUAGAUCAUGGAUGUAUUCAUAAAUAAAUGCUACAACAAGAAGUGACUAUAUAUAUUGU